CAGAUUAUACGAUAUUUAAAAAAUUUGAAAUACAUCCUCUUUCGUGCCACUUACUUUGACUCUCACACAUUGAAAAACGUCUCUCACCUUCAGUGGAACACAUCCAGUUGCAUUAAGGUGUGAUGAUGAUGAUGAUGAUGAAGCAGGUGGGAUUAAUCUUCCUCCUGACUGAACUCACUCAGGUCUCUACUUUUACAAACUACACAGCGUGUAAAAAUCGUGACAGAAAGAGAACAUGGAGUGUGACAGCUGGAGAGUCUUUGUAUCUAAUGUGUCCAAAUCAUGAUUGUAAUGCAGACAAAUAUAACAGUUCAUAUGUUUGGUUUAAGAAUAUCAAUAAAACGAUGAGUUUGGAAAAGAUUGGAACAGAGGAACACGAGCGUGUGCAUUACCACAGAUCUGUGUUAUACAUCCUUCAGUUAACUCUAGAAGAUACAGGACGUUAUAUCACACAGGAAUGGUUUUCGGAUCAAACUUGUCGUGAAUUUGAAGUGGACCUUGUGGUUUAUGAAGAGUUUAGCCCAAAUCUUUUAUAUUCUGACAUUUCAAUAUCAAGGGAAAGCUCGAAUUCAAUUCCCUGUCCUGUGUGUGAAAAUCAAAACGGAACAUUCAUCUGGUAUAAGAAUUUCUCUCUCAUUUCAACUCAAGAGUUUGGGGAUAUUUUACGCAUUCGUAAUGCUUCAAAAGAAAACGAAGGUAUUUACACGUGUGUUUGUACCUGGGAACAUCACGGCAGAAAGUACAACACCUCUGGAUCUCGUCCGGUUUACAUUACAGAACCAUCUGCCAUUAUUCCUCCACAGAUCAUUCUUCCUGUCAAUAACUCCAUUUUUUAUGUUGAUAUGGGUACAGAAAUUGUCCUCACAUGUUCUGUGUUCACUGGAUCCUUCGGGAAAGAUAAGUGCUGGUGUGACUGGGAAAGAAACGGGACCACGCUGAGUGAAGUGCUUGGAUAUGAAGUGGAAUACAGAGAGGAUGAUGAGUUCAUUCAUGCAGUUCUGACCAUCAGUGAAGUUUCUCAGGUGGACCUGUCUGUGUUUCAGUGUAUAGCUGAUUACUCGUAUGAAGUGAUGUUUGUAUCGGUCACUUUGGAAAGCAGAGUUACGAACUUUCCAUUGCGGAGCGAGGAUUCCCAGGAGAUGAUGCUUCAAGUGCAGGAAUUCUGCGCCCAGGAAGCCCAUAAACAUGUGGGAGUAUCGAGUCUGACGCUGAUCUCAGUUUGUGUUUGUGUGCUGUUUCUCUUUCUGCUGAUCACCGGAGCAGUCAAGAUGUUCGCUGUAGAUUUUGUGCUUUUAGUCAGAGAAAUUUUCAAGAAGCUCAACAGAAAAGAAGAUGGGAAAGUGUAUGAUGCUUAUGUGAUUUACCAGAGAAACGACUUAGACGAGACUUCAGAAAAAACUUUAAGUGAAUUUAUUAAUGAAGAACUUCCUACGGUACUGGAGAAAAACUUUGGCUACAAACUUUUCAUUCCUGGUAGAGAUGAUCUACCAGGCGAAGACUGCAUGAGUCUGAUCGAAACUAAGAUAGAGCUCAGCCGAAGACUUAUCUUCAUGAUCACUCCAGGAAACAGAGAGCAAGAACACAGCGGUUCUCCUGAAGCUUAUGAUGUUCAGGUGGGACUCCAUCAGGCUUUGGUACAGGGAGACACCGCUGUCAUCCUCAUCCAGUUAGAAGAAAUCCAGGACUACACACAUCUGCCACUCGGACUGCAGCAUCUUCUCAAAAACAAUCCUCCUUUACAAUGGAGAGAUGGAGAAAAAACAAGUUCAAGGUUCUGGAAGCAAGUGCGCUACAGAUUACCCGUUCCAUCAUGUCAGAAAGACUGUCUGAAGAAAACAUCUGUAAAAUUAAACUAUCACAAGAUUAUAUAAUAUAAUAUGACCCGGUCUCUAAAAUCCAGGCUCAAAAUCUAAUAAUGAGAUUGAUUUCACCCAUUUAUUUUUUAAUCUUAAAUAUCAAGGUUAUAUUUUCACAUGUUCUUUAAAAAAGUGUUUCCAUCCAUCAUAUUAUCAGCUGAAUUUAGGUCCUUCAAAUUUGGCUGGUUAACACAAUACAUACAGUAGAUGCUGCAGUGAAUCAUCAUGGGUCAGCUGCUCUGUCAUAUUGGGAAUAACAAGACUGAACUAUUGUAUACAUAUACUAUAAUUAAACAAAAAUAAUCCAAA